UUUUGUUUUUUUUGUGUAAAGAGAUAUGUUCGUCUCGAAAUGUCAAAAGACAAGAUCAUUAUGUUUUCCUAUGAACUCUCAAGCUCUUCUCCUAUCGAUGUAAACAAAGAAGAGAUCCCAGAAGUGCAAAAUAUUUUUCAAUCCGGAGAAGAUGAAGAAGAAACUUCUUUAGGCAAGAGAAAGAUAAAUACGAUUAUUAAGAAAGAUGAUGAAAGAGAAGUAAAAAGAAUAGCCUUCUCUCAAGAACCUCUACAAGAAAAAGAAGAAGACAUUGAUAUGACCGAAUAAGAUACAGAAAGAGAGGAUCAUAGAGUUAACGACAAGAUCAUGGAAGAUAAUGUUCAUGAAGAAGAGUAUGUCGUUGAUUUUGGUGGAUUCUUUUGAAACUUUUCUUCUCUAUGAUGACCUCUACGUUGACUUCUUUCGUUUCUUAAGAUCUUUGCUUGAUUGCUUCUUUGUCAUGUAAUUAUAUGUAUAUAUAUGUAAUGAAAAAAUCUGAUUCCUGUCUCUUUGCGUUGGUCCAAAUCAAAACUAGAGACACACAAAAAUGUACAAUUGUAAUCAUCUUCACGCAUCAAUCUCUUCUUGGUUUCAAAGAGUAAAACAAAUGAUGAAGCUUUUUUUUUUC